UAUUAAAAUUAUGGGCCAUUUGGUGGUAACUUUUCUUCGCCGUUUUGUCUGAAAUUCCCAAAAGGGCAAAAACCGCCAUGAAAACAUAAGCUUUGAAUCUCCAUUUAUAAGCUUGAAGAAACUACAAAUUUCAUAAAAUUGAACGAGAACAAAUACAAAACUGUAGCAAUGAAGGGAUUAUUAGGAAGAUUGAUAACUCGAGCUAGUCUCCGCACAAAUAAAUUGUUCGCAAAAGAUAAAAAUGGUUCACUUUCCACAUCUCGUCGAUUUCUAUAUGGUUUAUCUUCUUCCAAUACGCCGCAUAAUUUCUCAGAUUUCACUUCGUUAAAGAAUUCACAGUUUCCUUCUUCACACCUUUCUUUAUUGAGCCGUUUUGGAGGCCAGAAGAGGACCAUGUUUAUCCAAACUCAGUCAACUCCUAACCCCUUAUCCCUAAUGUUCUAUCCUGGGAAGUCAGUUGUGGAAGGUGGGAGUGCAGAUUUUCCAAAUGCUCGUUCUGCCAUGAAUUCGCCACUGGCUAAGGCCCUCUUUGGAAUAGAUGGUAUAUUGAGACAACUUCCGUCCAUGUGUGGCAUAAGUCGAAUGAAUAUGGAAUUGGAUGACGUAAGUUUGACUUGUAUAGAAUGGGUUACACGGGUAUUUUUUGGAUCUGAUUUUAUUACUGUAACCAAAACUGAUGAUGCUUCCUGGGACUUGCUCAAACCUGAAAUAUUUGCAGCAAUUAUGGACUUCUAUUCUUCUGGGAACCCACUGUUCCUCGACUCCAGCACUGCAGCCUCCAUGGACACAGCUAUACAUGAGGAUGAUUCAGAAACAGUUGCAAUGAUCAAGGAGCUUUUGGAGACUCGUAUUCGCCCAGCUGUACAAGAUGAUGGUGGGGACAUUGUAUACCGAGGAUUUGAUGCAGAUACAGGAGUAGUCAAAUUGAAAAUGCAAGGAGCAUGCAGUGGAUGCCCUAGCUCAUCAGUUACCCUUAAAUCUGGUAUCGAGAAUAUGCUCAUGCAUUAUGUUCCCGAGGUUAAAAGUGUGGAGCAGGAACUAGAUGAAGAUGAAGAACCUGGAUUAACUGGGGCAUCAUACGAGUAGUAAUACUGUUCUAGCUACUUCUAGUUGAUUUGGUGAUAGAGAUAUCUCAAUCAGAAAAGGCGGGACUUGUUCAUGCUCCUCCAUGGCAAGAGUGAGUAUAGUUUGAGUGCACUAGUUUCUUGUAUCUAUCAAAUUCAUGUGAGAUAAGCAACCGUAUGCAUUGAAAACUAUACUCUUUAGUUCAGUAGGUUUUUUCAGAUGACUUUCAAAUAAAUAGUUUCGGCUAUACGUUUAGCUGGAUAUCCGGUUUAAGCUCCACUGGAGACGGGACAAUUAAUUGCAGCAUGUUUCUGUAAUGAGUCUAUAAAGAUGCAAAAGUGCAUACACGUGCACAAGUAUUUAGAAGUUGCUAACCAUACGUUUGUCUAUUAUUAGUAAUUCUAUCAUUUUAUGUCUCA